CAACAGAUCAGCCAUCUCGGAGGCUAGGGCCUGCUGGACCAGCGGCUUGUCCGACAUCCAAAAGCCUGGUCCUAUCAGACAAGGGAGGCAGCGAGAUGCCAAUGAAGGGCGCACAAUAGAAGAUCCCCUUCCACAAUUUAUCCAUCUCCAGCUUCGGGAUGGGCUCUUGGGAUUCAUGCGAGAGAAAGGCGGCCAAUGCUUUGACUGACUUAUCGCGCGUUUUCUUGUCUUCCUAGCAAUCAGAUGUAAAGCAAUGGGAGUAAUUAGUGCUGAGAGCGCACCGUUUGCCGCCAGGUGCUUCGCAAACGGCGGAACGUUCAUGAUGUAGCUCGCAGUCCUAGUCCAAAAACUUUUUGGAAGAGCCAUCACGAGCGUCGCUGAUUGACACACGUCAAGUAUUAUCGAUAAGGGGAGAUUACGACCGCUCUUCGCAAACGACCAUACCAUGUCCAAGUCCCCGAUUACUUGCCAUGUUUUGGACUCAUCUCUCGGAAAGCCUGCUGAAGGUGUUCGAGUUCGUUUGAUGUUCUACGGCGCCGCGGCUGAGGAGGCUACGACCGGCGCGACAAGCGGGGUGGUAUCCUUAGGUUCGGGGCAGACCAAUUCUGACGGCCGAUGCAUCGAUCUGCUCCCGGCGCGUGAGGUCCAAGCACUGUCUGCGGGCAUUUACAAGAUAGUUUUCGAGACCAAGGAUUACUUUACGGGGACCGAAAGGAAGUGUUUCUAUCCCUUCGUCGAGAUCACCUUCGAGGUCGAGACUCCAGAGCAGCAUUACCACAUUCCGCUCUUGAUCAGCCCAUACUCGUACACCACCUACCGCGGCAGUUGAAAGCAAUUGAAAACACGAGUUGAUGAAGCAUGCAUUUGUUCCACAGCAAUGAGAAAACGAUAGUCUACUGUGUAAUUCUACGCCGCCAGAU